GACCCGGAAAUAAUUGGUCGGUAUUAGCAACGUUUCGGCCGAGACAGGCCUGAAUACUGAGAUAACUGAGGAAAGAAAAACAAGCGGACAGGAAACACACUGAAGAAAGAUUCUCCCUUUAAGCCUCAUAUUAAUAUUGUGAGGCAAGUGAAGUAAACAGAAUGACCAGCUCCUCUACUCCUAGAAUGCACACAUACAAGAGGACGUCAAGCCCUCGGUCACCAACAAAUACAGGAGAGAUUUUCACACCAGCACAUGAAGAAAAUGUGCGCUUCAUCCAUGACACUUGGCUUUGUGUUUUGAGGGACAUUAAAUCCCCACAAAAUAGUGAACGUAAUGAUCGUGGACCACAGGAGUAUGUGGAGAAAACCCCAAAUCCCAACCUGCAUUCUUUCAUACCAGUUGACCUGAGUGACCUUAAGAAGCGGAACACACAAGACUCAAAGAAGUCUUAGACCAUUUCCCCUUUCUUCCUGAUCCAGCAGUUUUUUGUCCUCCCCAUUACAUUUGGGACCUUUUUUACUCAAAACCAAUCUUCUGUCAGCCAACAUAAAGCGACAAGUCGGGAUAUUUGGCCACCUUAGUCCAGAAAGCCUCUCUCUUCUCUGCCUCAUGGACCCGUGGUCUGGACUUACAAACUGAUAUGUAUUUAUGUGUUACAUUUUUAGAAGCCUUUUAAGUGGCCAUUCCAUGUUCAUCCAGGAUCUUUGUUCCUAAAUCCAUGCAUCUUUGUUGUUGUUUUUUUGACAAAUAGAAACCAAGGGCCUGGUGUAAAUUUUUUUGGUCCAUGGAUUUUGCUUUAGAUUAUUUCCUGUUCAUGUUCUUAUAUUUUGUAUGUUGAUGAGACUGGCAAAGAACAGUUUACUGCUUAUGCUAUUGGACAGACGCAACACAAACUUUCUCAGAAUGGGAUACAGUCAUUCGUAACCCCGAAGGGGAGUGCUAAAAGGCCUACUGUUCUGUUAGUUUGAUAGAUAGAAGCUUUGUCUGAUAGCACAGGCAAGUUUGGUUCUCCAAAUACUUUUAGUAGAUAUACCUCCAUUUUUAACUAUGAAUUGAUAACUUGGAGAACUUUAAGUGAACUUUUCCAUAUCUUUCGUUCCCAGCCUUUAAAAUAAAGUUAAAAUAAAGAUUACUUUU